AUGGCGUCUGAGUUUGCGGCAGUAUGGCCGCCGCCAGGCCCAGAUUAUGACCGAGAUAAACCGUGGUUCUAUGAAUCACAGAGAGCAAAAGUCUUUCUUCGGUGGGUUGAAGAAGGACACGUUCAGCGGAAUGUUGAAGGUGCCAACACAUAUAACAACCUCCACCGUUCCUAUACCGAAGAGGUCGAGCCUUUGUAUAUGACUCAAGGCUUUCGGCAGGACUGGAACGUUGAAUGGAGGUUGUUCACGCACUUCAAUCAAAGUGCAACUUUGGCGGAGUUCGGAGUACCCGAGCCACCUGAGAUGCCAAUUUGGCGCGGACAGCAGAUCCGCGAACGAAUUGAGCAGAGAAGGGCUGCCGAAGCAAACACACAUACAAAAGAUGACCAUGAAGGCAUUUCUAGUCGUCGUGAAAGUGCGGGAGUGGGAGGUAACAAUCCAGACGUCGGUAGUGCCUUCCAACCCAAGUUCAAGCCCAAGAGGCGCAGAGGAAAAGGAAAAGAGCCUGGCGUAACAGACAGGGAGCCGGCUUGGAAUACUUUGACUCCGCAAGCAACUCAAGGGAACUUGCCAAACAUCUCAGAGAGAUGGAUGGAUAGAUUUCAAGACUCUGCUACGCGUUAUUCUCCUUCGGAGUCCUUCGUGGCAAGACCCUCACAGCGAGUCGAGGGUGUUGCCCGAAGUGAGCUCGCUGUACAAGUCAGUCGUCGACAUAAGUACAAGAAUGAAGUUGAGGAUUCGUUCAGCAUGAGCGACAUCCCUGAGUUCAAAGAACGUGAACCUAAGAUGUCAAAUUCUGCUGCCACAAGUGUAGAUCCACCUGCUCUCAGCGAGAGGCAGGAGGGAACUCCUUGGGGUAGCAUGAAUCCAACUGCUUUCAGACAGGGGCAGGCGGAGACUUCCUCAAGGAACAAGAAUCGGGAGCCACAUAGGACACCUAUUGCUGGUCCUUCCCUCAUCAAGAAAGAAGAAGAUUCAUUGGAUCAGAAGCCGAGCUUCAAGAACGCGCCUCGCAGACGUCAACCUAGACAUGCUCGCGAUGACGAAAAAGAAAGAAGCGAGCUAGAAAUAUACCGGGGUAUCUUUGGUGACCAUGCAGAAGUGAUGCUAGAACGUGUUCAAGCUUUGAGAGAAAUCAAGAGGCUUAGAGACUCGGUGGUAAACUGGAAGCCACCCUCUGCCUCGAAAUCUACGCAAGCCAGCAGGCGGCAGCGUUCUGAUGACGAGGAAGAGCAGCAGACCGCUAAGAAGAGGAAGCGUCAACGCAGAAGGCGAAAGCGCAAGCCUCGUUCUGGUGGUGGCUGUCGUGAGGAUGACGACCUGGGUGGUGAUGACGGUGAUGGCGGUGAUGGCGGUGCUGGCGGUACUGGAAAUGCAGCGAGCAAAUCCAGUACAGCCGCCCCAUCUGUAGCUUUAGCGUUGCCAUUUGUGGCAGUAGGAAGGUAG